CUCUUCCGUUGGAUACCCAGACUGCUCUGCGUUGCUGUUUCUUGUUCUCGUUCGUCGCCAUUCUGUUUCGACGUAAAGUCGUGUGUGAGGUUGGUUUACCUCAUCGCGGUUUUAUCUACGCGUGUGGAUAAUUACAAGUUUUGUUCCGAGCCGCACAAAUGAAGAUGGUAGACAAAAUAGAGAUGAGUCUGGACGACAUUAUCAAGCAGACCAAAGGUGCUCGUCUACGGGGCGGCGGCAGAGACCUCAGACGCGGUAGAGGCGCCGGCAGUUCGCCUCGUCGAGGAGCGCGUAGGACCCAAAGAACUGGCGGGGGUGUAAUGCGAGGACGUAGUCGUGGCGGUAUUACACGCGCCUCUCUACCGUAUACGAGGGGUGAUGUAAACAGUGCUUGGAAACACGAUAUGUUUGAUGGUGUAAAGAAAGUUGGUCGUGGUGCAAUAGGAAAUGCAGGAACUACCAAACUUUUGGUAUCAAACCUUGAUUUUGGUGUAUCAGACUCAGACAUACAGGAACUAUUCAGUGAAUUUGGACCUUUAAAGUCAGCAGCAGUACAUUAUGAUAGGUCAGGUCGAUCUUUAGGCUCAGCAGAUGUCAUAUUUGAAAGACGGGCAGAUGCUAUCAAAGCAAUGAAACAAUAUCAUGGAGUACCUCUAGAUGGUCGUGAAAUGAAUAUACAAGUUGCUACAAGUGAAUUACCAAUCACUUCCCCUCGUAGUGGCCCGAGACUUAGCGGUGCUAAUUACACACAGAGACCUCAGACUCGUUUUAGAGGAAAUCGUGGUGCAGGGUCUAUUAGAGGUCGUGGUAGUGGUCGACGAGGAGGUCGAGGGGGCGCUCGGCAAAUAACAAAAACGCCCACUGCCGAAGAGUUGGAUGCAGAACUGGAAGCUUACGUGAAGGAAGUAAAGUAACAACAUCACAAAACAACCUUCGCUCUUAAUUAAGAUUUUGUUCUCAUUUGACUUAACACAAUACACUGUGUUGGCUUUAUUUUCAUAAAUUUAUGUAGUAUAAAUAUAAUAUUGUCUAUAUACUAAAAAAGGAAAUUUAAUGAGAUAUAAAAAGAGUUUCUCAUUUAAUCAAAUCAAUUUUUAUUUUUGACGAGUCCUCCGGAAAUUUGCGCAUAAUAACAACUGAAUUUUACGAGAAAAAAUUCAUAAACAUUAUAGUAGACAUUCAUAGAUUUUUUUAUGAUAUGAAAAUAAGAAGGAUUAAAAACAAACGUAUAAUGUAAAGACUGUAUGGAUUUGUAUGUACUUUAUCGUGCGUGUGUGCUCAUCAAGAUGAAAAAUACAGUGAGAUUCAUCUAGAAAA